AUGACCGAAGAAAAGACCACACCGCAGAACUUUAUCCGCCAGCAUAUCGAUAGCGAUCUGCGAGACGGCGCGCGCACCGAGAUCAUCACGCGCUUCCCGCCCGAGCCCAAUGGAUACUUACAUCUGGGGCACGCCAAGGCAAUUUGCCUAAAUUUUGGUGUGGCACGGGACUAUAACGGUCGCUGCAAUCUGCGCUUUGACGACACCAACCCGGAGAAAGAGGAGCAGGAAUACAUUGACGCCAUUAAGCGCGAUGUUAGCUGGCUCGGUUUUGAGUGGUCGUCGCUGCACCAUGCGUCGGAUUACUUCGAUACCCUCUAUGGCUACGCUGAGGCUCUGAUCGAGAAGGGUCUGGCCUACGUUGACUCGCAAAGUGCUGAUGAAAUGCGACGCAAUCGGGGCAAUUUGACCGACCCCGGUACCGACAGUCCUUUCAGAGACCGACCGGUAGAAGAAAAUCUUGACCUGUUGCGACGGAUGAAAGUCGGAGAGUUCGAGGAUGGCGCGCAUGUGUUGAGAGCGAAAAUCGACAUGGCCUCGCCAAACAUAAACAUGCGUGACCCGGCGUUGUAUCGGAUUCGCCAUAUUGCCCACCCACGGACCGGCCAGCAGUGGUGCAUCUAUCCGACGUAUGACUUCACUCAUGGUCAAUCGGAUGCGAUUGAGCAUGUCAGCCAUUCGCUCUGCACGCUUGAGUUCGAGGAUCAUCGACCGCUUUACGAUUGGUUGAUUCAGAACCUGCCGGUACCGUCGCAGCCUCGCCAGAUCGAGUUUUCGCGGUUGGAGCCGCUGUACACGAUUACUUCGAAGCGCAAGCUGCUUGAGUUGGUUAACGAGGGCCUGGUUGAUGGCUGGGACGACCCACGGAUGCCUACGAUCUCGGGGUUGCGGCGACGUGGCUAUACCCCGGAAGCCAUCCGUCUGUUCAUCGAGCGGGCCGGGGUCAGCAAGGCCAAGAACGAAGUCGAUCCGGCAACCCUUGAAGGGGCGUUACGGGAAGAUUUGGGUGACAAAGCCCGCCGUGUUAUGGCGGUGCUUGACCCAUUGAAAAUUGUGUUGACCAACUAUCCGGAAGGUCAGGUCGAAUCGGCCGAUAGUCCUUAUCAUCAACAAAAACCAGAGCUGGGUUCUCGCGAGCUACCGUUUACCCGUGAACUGUAUAUCGAGCGCGAUGAUUUCAUGGAGUCACCGCCUAACAAGAAGUACAAACGACUCAAGCCCGGUGGCUCGGUCCGGCUGCGGUUUGGCUACAUCAUCGAUUUUGAGGAAAUGAUCAAAGACGAGCAGGGCAAUAUCGUUGAGCUGCGUUGUACCUACGACCCCGAGACUCGGUCUGGUCAUGACGAAAGCGGCCGCAAGGUAAAGGGCACGAUUCAUUGGGUGUCAGCUGAGCAGUGCUGUGACGCGCAAGUCAGGCUUUAUGACCGCUUGUUCACCAUCGAGCGCCCAACCGGCGAUAAGGACCGUGACUUCAAGGCGUUCAUCAACGCGGACUCGCUUACGGUGGUUAAUGUCAAGUUGGAGCAAAGCCUCAAUAGCGCGCAACCCGGUGAGCAUUUCCAGUUUGAGCGCACGGGUUACUUCGUCGUCGACACCGUUGAUUCGCAACCCGGCCAGCCGGUGUUCAAUCGAUCGGUUGCUUUGAGGGAUUCUUGGGCAAAACAACAAUAG